UUUACUGGUUGCAAAAGAUCACUUCUUAUAUACAGUCGGAGGGUGUUUUGUACAGAUGCUGAUGGUUUCAGCUAACAAUGUGUAGUUUCUGUGGAGAAUAACGUGGUUUGGUUUUAUGAAAACGUCAUCUGACUUUCCCCUCCUCUCCUCCUCCUCGCCUCCUCUCCUCCCCUCCCCUCCUCCUCCAGCUCGGUAAAGGUUGCUCCCUCCACCUGGCCCAGCGCUGGAGCCAGCUGUUCAACAUCCAGCUGAGGAGGAUACCGAUUUUAUCCAAGGACUCGGCACCGGGACUCAUCAUGGCCACAGGAUCUGUCGGCAGAAACUUGGCCAACAAGCCCAACGUGUACGUAUCCAGCAGCGCCGGAGCUCGCUGGAGAGAGGCCCUGGCAGGCCCUCACUUCUACACAUGGGGGGACCACGGUGGUAUCCUGAUGGCUAUCGCUCAGGGAGGAUCCACCAAACAAGUGAAGUUCAGCACCAACGAAGGAGAGACGUGGUUCGACUUCCAGUUCUCGGACCGGGCGGUGUACGUGUACCAGCUGCUCACCGAGCCCGGGGAGAAGAGCACCAUCUUCACCAUCUUCGGCUCCUACGCCGACCAGCGGCACGGCUGGCUCAUCCUGCAGGUCAACACCUCCGACGUCCUGGGUAGGUGUCGAACGCAGACGGAGACCUCCGUCACACUCUGCUCAACUCAUCCGUCCUGGAACAUCCAAGAGCCCUGGUUCUUCUGCCUGGAGAGAG